CAGACAGUUAAAUCGGGCUUUCAGCAAACUACGCCCACAGAACGGCUUAGCAAAAGGCGUCUAUCCGUCUUUCCAAAGCGUCCGACUCUUGUGGUCAACGAAGAAUAUAUGAGUGAGCGAACACGCGUCCUUCAGGAAUAUCUUCAAUCCAUUGUAAAUGUUAAGCAGCUUCGAUACCUUGAAGGCGUUUUGAUUAUAUUCCCAUGCUGUAGAUGGCUAGUCCUGAAGGACUCGUACAUGGUAAUGCUGAAGCCAAGCAAAUUGGAGCAACAAAAAGCGCUGCCUUCGUCUCGGCAAAGAGCCGGCAGUGUGGCAAGCCAGAUGACCCUGCAGACAGUGGUGGGCGAGCGCAACCCAGAGGACGCGCACCUAUCGCACCACAAUCCGAGAGCAGCGCACCGCUGGCACCAUCGCAGUCGACGGUGGCGCUACUGCAAAGUCAUCCUCAUGGACCAGUUCUUUAACUUCUCCACCCAUCACUCCGGUGUCGGACCCGUCCUGCACAUCGGCAAUAUGCACAUUGACGUGAAUUUUCGGACAUUUCAUGGGUCCAGUGUCGGUGAGUGGAUGGACAAAAUCACCAAGGUCAUCAGCGAACCUAGUGCGCUGGGUUAUGUCCAGACGAAUCCAAACAAAUCCUUCGCCCCGGUACGCAAAGAUGGCAAAUUCCUUCUGUUCCCUGAAACACAUCCUCCCCUGUGGGCACAGAUGCGUCUGCACGUAUUGUCAACACUCGCUCUACGCCCUGCAAAGCUUUACACAAACAAAACAGUGCCCCUCGUGGCGCCUGCCCACACCGCAAACCCUCGCAAUUUGUCUCGGGCGGCCCUGCAAGCUCUAAAAGGCUUCCUUCAGAUCCGCCAAGUUUGCAUAGACGGUGCCUCCUACAUGGACGCUGUCGCAGAUGGCAUCAACCAGGCUCAGCACGAAAUCUUCAUCACUGACUGGUGGCUUUCCCCAGAGAUCUUUCUAAAGAGACCCGGCGGUGCAGACAAGUGGAGGCUGGAUCUCCUGCUCAAGAGAAAGGCCGAAGCUGGUGUGCGUAUUUGCAUCCUCAUCUACAGAGAACUCUCAGUAGCUCUGAAAAUUAACAGCAAACACACAUCCAGAUGGUUGUCUAGUCUUCAUCCAAACAUCCACGUAAUACUUCUUUGGUCUCAUCAUGAGAAGAUGGUGGUCAUUGAUCAGUCGAUUGCCUUCAUGGGAGGAAUUGACCUUUGUUAUGGGCGUUGGGAUAGACAGGACCACCCCCUGAUCGACCUGGACAAGUCUGAACCCUACAGCAGGGGCGCCAGUCGGAGACAGGUUCAGUUAGAGGAUGCAGCAAAAUCAAUUUUCGUCGCCCUGAUGCCUAUAACUAAAAGCUUGCCCGACUUGAAUGCCCAAAGGGUGACAGACUCCCACAACCAGCCCUUAGAACGCAGGGACUCCCUUAGCGUUAUCUUUACCGACGCACCUCAAGAAGAAAUCGAUCGCGACCGAAGGGCUCGGACAGGUGGCUCACCGACUCCUCCCCUUCCGGACACUUCGUCUCCUCUCGCUGGAGCGCGGCUAAACUUCCAGUCACUUGCGAGUGCGGCGAAAGCAGCUGUCGCUUGGAAAAAGCAGACCAGCCAAACGGACGACAUUGAGCAGCCUGGUUUCAAAGUUAUGCCUGACGGUCAGAUGGCCUUCCGCUCGUCGGUGCGCACGCGCAGAAGUGCCCGGCGCAACCGACAGCAUCUUGCGCGUGAAGCGCCUGCAAAACCCGAGGGCGUCAGCGGCAGAUGUGUUGAGAAAGACGAGAAUUUCGAACCUACUAUGGACAUCCAAAUCCCAGGGAUCGGACGUCUUCAGGUCCCCAUCGAUGCACCACAGGCUCCACAGGGUGUCGCCUCCAGUCACGAUCGCCGCGGCUCGAAGAAGCACACGCGCCACCUGUCUUCAGGAGGGGUGAAACGAAAGUCCAGUUAUGGGCGAAGGCGGACACUCAGCCAAUCCGUGAUGAACGAAAGAAGAGUGCGGUCACCUGGUCUCCGUCAAACAAACUUUGCUUCUCCUCCAAUCGUCAUAUCUAGUCCCGGGGAAGAUGACUCCAGUUCUACGGCAGAUAAACCCAGGAGGCCCCGCUUCUCCACAGUUGAUGUAAGACUACUAGCCUUUAAAUUUGGCAAUCGGAUCCAAGGCUUUUUUGCACGUGUUGGUUCGCAAAGGAAACGGUCACCAGUGCCCAGGGUGUCCGAAUCAGACUCUGACGACUCUGACGAUCUUGAAUAUGACAACCUCGGUUUUUAUGCGCGACGUCAAAGCAAGGCUCCGUUCGGGAAGUUACGAAGAGGACUUAGCACCGUGAUCCAACCCGAAAUAGGGGAUGAGCCUGGUGAUGUGGGAGGAGAGGAAUCCACUCUUGCUUCGCUUUCUCGUCGUUACCUUUUUGUGGGCAAAGAUUAUGGCAACUGGCUUAUUAAAGACGCCUGUGAACUCCACCUACCGGAAGAAGGUAAACGUUGCAUAAAAACUUCAACGCGACAAAUAGGGACCGGAGUUUUUCGUGUUUUGGUUUGGAAACCACGCAACUGCAGAGGUGGGCAACAAGUUAAGCCCGUGCGGUCUCAAUAUAUCACCCCCAACGGGCCCGAUCGACGAAAGGUUCGCAAGGGCAUCGUCACUGAGAAUCAUUCAACUGUACCGAAGUUCAGCUUUUGCGUUGAUGCUGCUUUAGACAUGAUUGACCGCACAACGAUACCGCGUAUGCCUUGGCACGACGUCGGCUGUGCGGUUUCCGGGUCGAUUGCAUCUGAUUUCGCUCGGCACUUUAUUCAACGCUGGAACGCCACCAGGGUAAGUUGGAGAUGCCAGCCAAUGCGGACAUUCGAGUUGUACGCUUUUGCACUCUCGAAGAAAUGGUUAGACUGCAUACAGGUGCGAAAAGUGAAGAGGCGACGGAAACGCGGCAAUGGCACACUUCCGAUCCCCCCAAUGCUGCUGCCAUGUCCUCCUUGUGAGCCCUGGACCCGCCUGAACCUCUCAACGGUGUGCGGCAAACGCCGGGCGCACCCCGUCCAGAUGCAGGCCCUGCGUUCGGCCGGGCGCUGGGCUCUAGUCGCCAGCGCCGGCAACAACGGCCUCAACUCUACAAAGGACACUGCGGCAAUUCCAAACAACCUGGACAUUACGCCCGAGUACACUGAACGCUCAAUCCUCAAUGCUUAUAUUGAGGCCAUUCGUAAUUCAAAACACUACGUGUACAUUGAGAAUCAGUUCUUUAUUAGCUGGCUCGAUGAGACCACGAUGGGCCAUGACAUGCAGUCGAGCUCAAACAGCAAUAUCGCUGGGAGUGAGACGGAGCUUCUUCCUGGUGUGGUUCAGAAUACGAUCACACAGGCCCUGUUUGAACGAAUUGUUCAAGCACACAGGGAAAGGAAGCCUUAUCGUGUUUACAUAAUUCUUCCUCUUCUACCUGGAUUCGCGGGUGACCCGGGUUCCAGGCAGACUGGGAUAUCCAUCCAUUGUGUGCUGCAUUACAUCCGCGAGAGCCUGUUCCGUGGACCGACAGCCCUCAUUCCUCGCCUAAAUCUCAUUAUGGAGAGACCGUGGGACUACGUUAGUGUCUGUGGUCUCAGAAAAUAUGAAACUUGGCCUGAUGGCCUCCUGCUUGGUAACGAAAGCGAAAUCCUUAUUAAUGACCCCUGCAUUCCCAAUGUUGUAAUUUCAUCCCCAUCACCUCGCGUCCCACCACCAGCGAAACAACUUCUGUUGGAUUUGGCGACUUCGGCCCCUACCACCAACUGGCUUCCCUCCUUCCCUCACCCUCUUCUCCCUGACCCCUUUGCUGCCCCGCACAGUCUUUUUGCUAAUAUGCACCCAAAGCAGUCUACGACAGAGUUCAUCUACGUUCACUGCAAGCUGAUGAUAGUCGAUGACCGGAAGCUGAUUAUUGGCUCAGCUAAUAUAAAUGACCGAAGCAUGCUUGGUUAUCGAGACAGCGAACUGGCCCUGGUGGCAGAGGACACAGAGGAGGUUGGGACUCUCAAAGAGGCCGUGUUCGCCAAGAAAAAAGUCAUGAUUGGCGAAGUUGCCCGUCGCUUCCGAAAGACUCUGAUGGCCGAGCACCUCGGAGUGCUAACGAAGGAAUCGCGGGACAAUUUGGACUGGGACUACACGCUGCUGGACGAUCCGGUCUGCGACGAAUUCUACCACAAUGUGUGGUGCAAGACGGCAGAUAUGAAUAUGGAUCUCUUUGACAAAGUUUUCAGCUGCUUGCCUUCCAAUGAGCUCCAUUCCUUCGCAGACGUCAAAUUAAUGCGGCAGCAUGACCCACUCUUCAUACGCGACUCCGAACAGGCUAAACAACUUGUCAAGGGUAUUCGAGGUCAUCUGGUGCGCUAUCCAGAAGAUUUCCUCCGCGACGAGGACAUUUCUCCGCCACAGGGCUCCAAGGAGAUUGUCGUUCCUGCCAUAGUUUGGACAUGA